CUGUCACAUGACUAUCCUCACAGGUCCUUCACUACAACCUCUCCUAUCCUGCUGAGCAACGUCCUCUUCCUGUCACAUGACCAUCCUCACAGGUCCUUCACUACAACCUCUCUUAUCCUGCUGAGCUCCGCCUUUUCCUGUCACAUGACCAUCCUCACAGGUCCUUCACUACAACCUCUCCUAUCCUGCUGAGCUCCGCCAGCACACAUACUUGUCACGUGAUUAUGACGUCAUGGCCCUUUCCUGUGUGGAAGAACCAGUGUGAACUAUUACAUUGUGACAGGAGGAAGAAGAGAGGAACAACACAAUGUAACAAACCCUCUGCAUAGAAACUCACCUCACACCGCGUCUCCUCUUCACUGAGCUCCUCCCUUUCUGGUCACAUGUCCUCUACUACUGCUGAGCCCCGCCUACUCCUGUCACAUGACCAUCCCCACAGGUCCUUCAUCCACAAUCUCUCCUAUCCUGCUGAGCUCCGCCCCAAAAUGUACUGGUCACAUGAUUGUGACAUCAUCACAGGUCCUACACCUCCAGCAUCUAGUAGAUAGAAAGACGGUCAUGGUCGUAAGGAGAUUACAUGAGGAGGAGGAUGGACAAGGACAGGAAUGAGAUGACUAAGAGAAUAUUACACUUCACCUUGGAGAUCCUCCACCUGCUGACCGGAGAGGUGAGGUCUCCAGAACUGACCCCAUUAGGACAUCGCUGUCUAUUAUUCAGUGGAGGAGUUGGAGGACACAAGGAUCUGUACCAGGACAUAGUCAUGAUGGAGGAUCACCGGCCCCUCACAUCACAAGAUGGAGUCAUUGAUAGAAAUCCACCCGAGAGGUGUCCCCGCCCUCUGUAUUCCCAGGACUGUCCAGAGGGAAAUGUCCCAGAGAAGCAUCAGGGUGAAGAUCUGAUGUAUAUUAAGGUUGAGGUUAAAGAUGAACCAGAAGAGGAGACGGAUUUUUGGGCCGAUCACCCGUGUAUGAGGGAAGUGAAGGAGGAAAUUCCAGGAGGUGUUACCCCAGAAAAUCCCAGUAAGAAUUCUGAGGGAAACUUCAUGUUAUCCCUGAAUGAUAAAGGAGAAGAUGAAGAUAUGAUGGAGCGCUCCUCAGGAGAAGACCUCCUUACCCCUAAUGUCCAUCCAGAUCUAUCCUGUAAUAAUCCACCUGAUCAUGGGGAACCUUCUCCUGACCAACCACACAUUGUUAUCACAAGGACAGAUCCGGAAUGGGGGAAAAGGAUUCAGUGUGAGGAAUGUGGAAAAGAGUUUACUAGAAGAUCAAAUCUUUUUACACACAGGAAAAUUCACACAGGGGAGAAGCCAUAUCCAUGUUCAGAAUGUGGGAAAUGUUUUCAAAGUAAAUCAGAUCUUGUUAAACAUGAGAGAAUCCACACAGGGGAGAAGCCGUAUUCAUGUUCACAAUGUGGGAAAUGUUUUAGAAAUAUAUCACAUCUUUCAAAUCAUGAAAAAAUUCACAUGGGAGAGAAGCCAUAUUCAUGUUCAGAAUGUGGGAAAUGCUUUAUAAGGAAAGCACAUCUUACAUUACAUGAGAGAAUUCACACAGGAGAGAAGCCAUAUUCAUGUUCAGAAUGUGGGAAAUGUUUCAACGGUAUCUCGGAUCUUGUUAAACAUAAGAGAAUUCACAUGGGCGAGAAGCCAUAUUCAUGUUCAGAAUGUGGCAAAUGUUUUACACAAAAAUCUGUUCUAGUUAUACAUGAGAGAAUUCACACAGGAGAGAAGCCAUAUUUAUGUUCUGAAUGUGGCAAGUGUUUUACAACUAAAUCACAACUUUCUGGACACGAGAGAAGUCACACUGGAGACUGCUCAGUCACCUGUGGGAAGAUUAGAAGAAGCCCCGCCCUCCCCCUUUUAUUUCACUUUCCAUCACAAUGUGUUAUAGAAGAGGGGAGGUCUCCAGAACUGACCCCAUUAGGACAUCGCUGUCUAUUAUUCAGUGGAGGAGUUGGAGGACACAAGGAUCUGUACCAGGACAUAGUCAUGAUGGAGGAUCACCGGCCCCUCACAUCACAAGAUGGAGUCAUUGAUAGAAAUCCACCUGAGAGGUGUCCCCGCCCUCUGUAUUCCCAGGACUGUCCAGAGGGAAAUGUCCCAGAGAAGCAUCAGGGUGAAGAUCUGAUGUAUAUUAAGGUUGAGGUUAAAGAUGAACCAGAAGAGGAGACGGAUUUUUGGGCCAAUCACCCAUGUAUGAGGGAAGUGAAGGAGGAAAUUCCAGGAGGUGUUACCCCAGAAAAUCCCAGUAAGAAUUCUGAGGGAAACUUCAUGUUAUCCCUGAAUGAUAAAGGAGAAGAUGAAGAUAUGAUGGAGCGCUCCUCAGGAGAAGACCUCCUUACCCCUAAUGUCCAUCCAGAUCUAUCCUGUAAUAAUCCACCUGAUCAUGAGGAACCUUCUCCUGACCAACCACACAUUGUUACCACAAGGACUGAUCAGGAACAUGGGAAAGGUUUAUAUUGUGAGGAAUGUGGAAGAGAAUUUACAAAAAGAUCAGCUCUUCUUAUACACCAAAAAAGUCACACAAGAAAGAAGCAGUAUGUGUGUUCUGAAUGUGGGAAAUGCUAUAAAAGGCAAUCAGCUCUUAUUGUACAUGAGAAAAUUCAUGCAGUAGAAAAGCCAUAUUCAUGUCCAGAAUGUGGAAAAUGGUUUAAAUAUAAAUCACGUCUUGUCAUACAUGAGAGAAAUCAUACAGGAGAAAAGCCGUAUUCAUGUUCAGAAUGUGGAAAAUGUUUUAUACAAAAAGCACAACUGGUUAUACAUGAGAGAAAUCACACAGGAGAGAAGCCAUAUUCAUGCUCAGAAUGUGGGAAAUGUUUUACACAGAAAUCAUGUCUUGAUAAACAUGAGAAAAUUCACACAGGUGUGAAGCCAUAUUCAUGUUCAGAAUGUAGCAAAUGUUUUAAAUGUAAAUCAGAUCUUUCAAAACAUAACAGAAUACACACUGAAGCGAAGCCAUAUUCAUGUUUGGAAUGUGGGAAAUGUUAUAAAUGGAAAUCAGAUCUGAUGGUACAUAAGAAAAUUCACACAGGAGAGAUGCCACAUUCAUGUUCAGAAUGUGGAAAAUGUUUUAGUCGUAAAUCAUCUCUUAUGGAACAUGAGAGAAUUCACACUGGAGAGAAGCCAUAUGCAUGUUCAGAAUGUGGAACAUUUUUUAAAUGUAAAUCAGAUCUUUCAAAACAUAAGAGAAUACACACGGGAGAGAAGCCAUACUCAUGUUCGGAAUGUGGGAAAUGUUUUAUUGUUAAAUCAGCUCUUGUGGUACAUAAGAAAAUUCACACAGGAGAGAUGCCAUAUUCUUGUUCAGAAUGUGGAAAAUGUUUUAGUCGUAAAUCAUCUCUUAUGGAACAUGAGAGAAUUCACACGGGAGAGAAGCCAUAUUUAUGUUCAGAAUGUGGAAAAUGUUUUAGAAGUAAUUCAAAUCUUGUUUUGCAUAAGAGAAGUCACACAGGAGAAAAGCCGUAUUCAUGUCAAGAAUGUGGCAAAAGUUAUAUAAGUAGAUCAGAUCUUUCAAUACAUGAGAGAACUCACACAGGAGAGAAGCCAUAUUCAUGUUCAGAAUGUGGAAAAUGUUAUAGAAGUAGAUCAGAUCUUUCAAUGCAUGAGAGAACUCACACAGGAGAGAAGCCAUAUUCAUGUUCAGAAUGUGGAAAAUGUUUUACAUAUAGAUCACAUUUUUUAAAUCAUGAGAAAAGUCAUACAGGAGAGAAGGGGUGGAUGGGCAAAAGGAUGGACAAGGACAGGAAUGAGAUGACUAAGAGAAUAUUACACUUCACCUUGGAGAUCCUUCACCUGCUGACCGGAGAGGAUUACACCAUAGUGAAGACAUGGGGGGAGUGUGUGGCCCCCAGCAGCCAUCACCAUGAGUCAGGAGGACGGAGCAGGGCCCGGGGCCCCAUCAUGGAGCAUCCACCUCACUCACUGAUACAGAAGAAGAUCCUAGAACUCAUCCACAGUAUCACUGAGCUGCUGACUGGAGAGGUUCCUAUAAGGUGUCAGGAUGUGGCGGUCUAUUUCUCCAUGGAGGAGUGGGAGUAUGUAGAAGGACACAAGGAUCUGUACCAGGACAUAGUCAUGAUGGAGGAUCACCGGCCCCUCACAUCACAAGAAGUCAUUGAUAGAAAUCCACCCGAGAGGUGUUCCCGCCCUCUGUAUUCCCAGGACUGUCCAGAGGGAAAUUUCCCAGAGAAGAAUCAGGGGGGAGAUCUGACUAAUAAUAAAGUGGAGGAUGAAGAAGAGAGGAUGAGGGGCCAUCACCCGUGUAUGAGGGAAGUGAAGGAGGAAAUUCCAGGAGGUGUUACCCCAGAAAAUCCCAGUAAGAAUUCUGAGGGAAACUUCAUGUUAUCCCUGAAUGAUAAAGGAGAAGAUGAAGAUAUGAUGGAGCGCUCCUCAGGAGAAGACCUCCUUACCCCUAAUGUCCAUCCAGAUCUAUCCUAUAAUAAUCCACCUGAUCAUGAGGAACCUUCUCCUGACCAACCACACAUUGUUACCACAAGGACAGAGCAGGAACAUGGGAAAGGUUUAUAUUGUGAGGAAUGUGGGAAAGAGUUUAUUAGAAGAGCUCAACUUUAUAGACACAGAAAAACUCACUCAAGGGAGAAGCCAUAUUCCUGUUCAGAAUGUGGGAAAUGUUUUACAGAGAAAUCAGCCCUUCUUAGACAUGAGCGAAUUCACACAGGAGAAAAGCCAUAUUCAUGUUCGGAAUGUGGGAAAUGUUUAUCAGACAAGUCAAAUCUUGUUUUGCAUAAAAGAAUUCACACAGGAGAGAAGCCGUAUUCAUGUUUAGAAUGUAAGAAAUGUUUUAAAAGUAAAUCUGAGCUUGUUAUACAUGCAAGAAUUCACACAGGGGAGAAGCCAUAUUCAUGUUCAGAAUGUGGAAAAUGUUUUUAUAAGAAAUCAGAUCUUGUAAUACAUGAGAGAAUUCACACAGGAGAGAAGCCAUUUUCAUGUUUAGAAUGUGGGAAAUGUUUUACAGCUAAAUCAAUUCUUGUGAUACAUGAGAGAAUUCACUCAGGAGAAAAGCCAUAUUCAUGUGCAGAAUGUGGGAAACGUUGUAACAGAAAAUCAGAUCUUGUGAAACAUGAGAGAAUUCACACAGGAGAGAAGCCAUAUUCAUGUUCAGAAUGUGGGAAAUGUUUUAACAAUAAAUCAGUUCUUGUGAUACAUGAGAGAAUUCACACAGGAGAAAAGCCGUAUUCAUGUUCAGAAUGUGGGAAAUGUUUUAUUAGUAAAUCAGAUCUUGUGCCACAUGAGAGAAUUCACACAGGAGAAAAGCCAUAUUCAUGUUUAGAAUGUGAGAAAUGUUUUAUAAGUAAAUCAGAUCUUGUUAAACACAAGAGAAUUCACACAGGAGAAAAACCAUAUUCAUGUUCAGAAUGUGGGAAAUGUUUUAUAAGUAAAUCAGAUCUUGUUAAACACGAGAAAAUUCACACAGGAGAGAAGCCAUUUUCAUGUUCAGAAUGUGGGAAAUGUUUUAUUACUGUAGGAAAACUAAGGAGUCAUCAGAGAUGUCACAUAGCGAAAGAUCCACAAUGAUGUUCUAUAUGCAGAAAAUAUUUUACAUGAAAUCAGAUUUUAAAACUCAAAGAAUUCACAUUAACCCCUUCCUGUAAUAUCGGUUACAUGUAACUGAUAAAGAAAGCUUACCUGCUGCAACACCGCUUACAUGUGCCUGAUUGAAAUAAAGUAUCGAGCGCUGUGACAGUUUAGUGAGCUCGGCUGUGCAGCAUAGCCGACCAUCCCUGAAGCCGGCCAAGGACCACUUGCAGCGCCCCCUGCCCGGCAGUACUGACAGACCAUUAGUAGUCACAGUUGCGUAGUCUCCUACUUCCUCCCUCCUUUGGUGCUUUAGUCCAGUGGUUCUCAGCCUUUUUGUACCCCCAAAGGCUGAAAGUAUGUCCGCGGUUAGUAUGUCCUGGCCGCAAACCUUUUUUAUAGAUUUCA